CCUAGCGGGUGGGCUUUUCUAAAAUAAUACCAAGAGAGCGCCGCCAUACAUCAUAACGACCGCAGGACUCUCCCACUCCGCUUCCAGUGCAGCCACACGCGCGCAUUUCCAUCAUUGAAGACUAUAGUCGAAUUAAUUCAAAUCUACUCCAACAUUACUCACAGCCUCAUCUGCAUAUCUAAUGCUCCGGCGUAAGCCUUGCCGCAAACAGAUAAGCUUCACAUGCCCUUCCCUUCCGCGUCAUCUCCAACACCACAUCUGCGCUGAACUCACCCAAUCCCAACCACCUGCCACAUAAGCUUCAACUCCGACCUCACAAACCUAACAACACCCUUUGCCCACACGGCAACACACACGUCUUAAUUGCAAUAUCGACAUGUCCACCAGCUGGUAGUUCUGUUUUGCUGAUAAAUAGUUUCGGAAUGCGGAUCCGCAAGCCGUUCGCCGCGGCAUUCCUCGUCUUAUGCGCCAUCUCCGCCCUCGCCGGCUUCUCCCCGUCCACCUACAGCCUCCCGACCGUCCACCAAUCCGACAAAGCCCUCCAUUUCAUCGCCUUCUUCCUCGUCACAACGGCUUUCUACUGGGUCGUCGAGACGAGUCGCCGAAAGGUACUGCAGCUGACGUUUGCCGUGUGUACAUUGGGAUUGGGCGUUGUGAGCGAGGUGAUACAGAGUUUGUUGCCGAUCAAUCGAUCCUUCGACCCCUUUGACGUCCUCGCCAACCUCCUCGGUUCCCUCGCAUCCAUAGCCCUAUGUACCUGGUACCACAAGCGGAUGCUGGAGCGCAAGCGCGCAGCGCGUGGCUAUGGCGCCGUCGCAGGCGACGAGUUCGAUGAGCGCGAUCUAGAGCUAGGGGAAGGUAUUGGUGAGCAAGAGAGCGGGGUGGAGAGGCCUACAAUAGUAGUUGAGUCGGAGACGUGGGAUGAGGGUGCUGGGGAUUGGGGCGAAGUCACGGAACAAACUGCUGCGGAGGGGGCCGCAAAUGGGCAGCAGGGGGUUAAGAGUACCGAGAGUGGAGGCGACGAUGGGGAUGGGAGUGGGAAGAAGCGUAAUGAUUGAAGAUUGGUUUCCGUGCUUGUAUUGUCAUGUGUCCAUGUAGAAUUACGACAGCCGCGAAGAUCUCGUUCCAGAUUCAUAUUACACCAGAAGGGUAUCUCGCAAUUGUCAUGCAGAUCGAAUUGGAUACUCGUUUUUACGAGCU